AUGGGUCAUCGUCUUUCACGUUCCGACUUUCAUUGGGUUUAUUCCGAUGAACCUCAUACAACACGUCGACGAGAGAUGUUACAAAAAUAUCCUCAAAUAAAACAAUUAAUGGGCCAUGAUUCGCGUAUUGCUGCUCAAGUUAUUGCUACAGUAUUAAUACAACUAACACUAGCCAUUCUAGUACAAGACCUACCGUGGAAAUAUAUUCUUAUAUUAGCCUAUAUUAUUAGUGGCACACUGAAUCAUUCUCUUUCGAUUAGUUUUCAUGAAAUUGGUCACAAUUUAGCUUUUGGUAAUCAUCGACCGACGGCAAAUCGUAUUCUUGGUUUUAUAGCCAAUCUCCCAUUAUGUAUUCCAUCAUCCGUUACAUUUAAAAAAUAUCAUAUUGAUCAUCAUAAAUAUCAAGGCGAUGAUAUUCUAGACCCAGAUCUACCGACUUAUUUCGAAGCAUGGUUGUUUCAAUCGAGCAUUGGGAAAAUCUUUUACAUUGCUGCUCAACCCUUACUUUAUUCUGUCCGACCUUUAUUACGUGUACCGAAACCUGUAACAUUUCUUGAAGUAGUUAAUCUUAUCAUUCAAAUUACUUUUGAUCUGGUGUUCAUGUAUUUCUUUGGUCGUAAAUCAUUUGUUUAUUUAUUUUUGGGAACCGCGCUUGGUCUUGGUCUACAUCCGAUUUCAGGACAUUUUAUAUCUGAACACUACACAUUUGUCGAAGGUUAUGAAACAUAUUCCUAUUAUGGUCCAUUCAAUUAUUUAACAUUCAAUGUUGGUUAUCAUAAUGAGCAUCAUGACUUUCCAAAUAUCCCAGGAUAUUCACUACCAGAGUUGAAAAAAUUAGCUCCAGAUUAUUAUGAUAAUUUACCGUGUCAUACAUCGUGGCUUAAAGUAAUAUUCGAUUUUAUUACUGAUCCGAAGUUAGGACCCAAAUCUCGUAUACGUCGUACCAUACGUUCGGAUGCAUUAAAAUUGAAUAAUGCAAUAGAUUUAAAAAGCAAAUCAAAAGUCAAUGAAGUUUUACAUGAUGUGAUUGAUAAUAACAAUAACACAUCAUUAUCGAAAGAGGAAAGAAAAUUAAUGAAUGUAAAAAAGCAUUCGAGCAAACAAAAUGGCAUUUCACCAUCAGUAAAACUAACGAAUGGAAAACAUUCGAAACAUGAAUGA